CAGUGGCCACAAUCGACGCAACAGUGGAGGGAGCCCCAAGAAGAAAAUGGCUGCUGCUCUAGCCCCGGUCGUUUCUCUCCGGUUCAAACCCCAAUCCGCCGUCCGGUUACUCUCUGCAUACACCAAAACAAACCCUAGAAACUUCCCCACAACCUCCCAAACCCGAACGGUCACACUCCACUUCCCACAACUUUAUCAGCCACUUACUCCGCCGUUCAUUUUUUUCGGCGUCGGUGCGGCCAGACCUCGACGGCGAUGCUUCUGCACUGCCAUAUCCGGAGCUCUCUCUUCCGGCGAGGCCAUUGAGAAGCCGAAGCCGGAGUUUUUUAGUGCCGAAACUGGCGAAAAGGUUGGCGAAUUUCGGAAGCGGUUGAGGGUUGUUGAUAUAAAGGGAGGCCCUGACGAGGGUCUGGAUCGGCUAGGGCAAACGUUGGCAGUGAAGGGCUGGGUUCGAACUCUCCGAGUGCAGAGCAGCGUCAUAUUCAUCGAGGUUAAUGAUGGUUCAUGCCUUUCGAACAUGCAAUGCGUGAUGAACUCAGAUGCAGAUGGUUAUGACCAGGUGGAAUCGGGCUCAAUCACAACUGGUGCAUCGGUAUCAAUACAAGGGACUUUAGUGGCUAGUCAAGGAUCAAAGCAGAAAGUGGAAUUAAAGGUUCUGAAAAUUGUAACUGUUGGUAAAAGUGAUCCUUCUUUUCCUAUUCAAAAGAAAAGGGUUAGCAGAGAAUUUUUGAGAACUAAGGCCCAUCUUCGUCCUAGAACAAACACAUUUGGUGCGGUUGCAAGAGUGAGAAAUGCUCUUGCCUAUGCCACUCACAAGUUUUUCCAAGAAAAUGGAUUUGUUUGGAUCUCAAGUCCUAUUAUUACAGCUUCAGAUUGUGAAGGAGCAGGUGAACAGUUCUGCGUGACUACUUUGAUCCCUAGCUCCCGAGAAGCUACUGAUUCUACAGUGGAAGCCAUUCCUAAAGCUAAAGAUGGUUUAAUUGAUUGGUCACAAGACUUCUUCGGUAAACCAGCAUUCUUGACUGUCUCAGGCCAACUCAACGCUGAAACAUAUGCCACUGCUCUUUCUGAUGUGUAUACAUUUGGUCCCACAUUUCGAGCAGAAAAUUCUAACACUUCUAGACAUUUAGCUGAAUUUUGGAUGAUUGAACCAGAACUUGCAUUUGCUGAUCUGAAUGAUGACAUGGCUUGUGCAACUGCCUAUCUCCAGUAUGUAGUAACAUACAUCCUUGAAAACUGCAAGGAGGACAUGGAAUUUUUCAACACUUGGAUUGAGAAAGGCAUUAUCAAUCGAUUAAGUGAUGUGGCUGAGAAAAAUUUUGUGCAGUUGACUUAUACUGAUGCGGUUGAACUUCUUCUAAGAGCAAAUAAGAAAUUUGAAUUCCCGGUGAAGUGGGGAUGCGAUUUGCAAAGUGAGCAUGAGCGCUACAUAACUGAAGUGGCCUUUGGUGGAUGCCCUGUGAUAAUUAGAGACUAUCCUAAGGAUAUUAAGGCUUUUUAUAUGCGGCGAAAUGAUGAUGGGAAGACUGUUGCAGCCAUGGAUAUGUUGGUUCCACGGGUUGGUGAGCUUAUUGGUGGAAGCCAAAGAGAAGAACGACUUGAAUAUCUGGAAGAGCGUUUAGAUGACUUAAAUCUCAAUAAGGACUCCUACUGGUGGUAUCUUGAUCUGCGUCGGUAUGGUUCAGUUCCUCAUGCGGGCUUUGGAUUGGGCUUUGAAAGGCUUGUGCAAUUUGCAACUGGAAUAGAUAAUAUAAGAGAUGCUAUACCAUUCCCUCGGACGCCUGGUUCUGCUGAAUUUUGAUGGUAAAAUAGUGUCUUUUGCCUCUUUGAGUUAUUGUUAAAAAUUACCGACAAAUUCAUUUUUGGGCCCAACUGGGCUUGCAUUUCGUCAUUUUUUUACUUCAAUUUUCUGUGUCUUGCAGUCUUAGAACUGUGGACGGAGAUUGUUGCUUUAUUUAAGCUGUACCAUUCCUAACUUAUUGACAGAUGACAUUUAUGUAAAGAGUUGCAAAAUAAUAAUAAUAAAAAAAUUUAAAUAGUGUA